AUGCCAACCAGAGGAUUCCGGUGCCAACACCUACCCAGAUUUCAAUCCACAUUACACCGUCAGCCGGAGCUAACGAUGGCUGCAGCGGAGCGAGUAGUUGUGAUGGACAAUGGGGCUGCCUCCCUCAAGGUUGGCUUUGCUGGCGAGGUAGCCCCCCGGAAGGAGAUGCCCAACUGCAUCGUCCGAGGGAAGGGGGCAAAGAGGCAGUAUGUCGCCGAUCAAGUCGAAAGUUGUGAAGACAUCCAAUCCCUCACGUUCCGCCGGCCAUUUGACAGGGGCUACGUUGUUUCUUGGGAGACGCAGAAAGAAAUCUGGGACCGUGCUUUCUACACCAUCCUUAAAGUCAAACCGUCAGAAUGCAGCCUCCUAGUCACAGAACCCCCGUUCAACCUGCCCUCCAUUCAGAGUUCUAUGGACGAGAUGGUCUUUGAGGAGUACGGCUUUCGAGCGUGCCACGUCGCCCUUCCCGCCGUGCUCUCCCACCGCCACGUGGCAACCUCUGAGCCCGCCAGCACGCUUGCAAGGGGCGGCUCGAGCCUUGUGGUCGACUGCGGGUUUUCGUUCACGCACACGGUGCCGAUUUUUGACGGGUUUCCCGUUAGUCAUGCGGUGCGGCGAUUAAACUUGGGGGGCAAGGCGCUGACAAACUAUCUCAAGGAGCUCGUCUCUUACAGGGCCUGGAACAUGAUGGAAGAAACGGCCAUCAUCGAAGACGUGAAGGAGAAGCUCUGCUUUGUGUCCCUAGACAUUCCCGGCGACCUAGUUUUAGCGCGGCCCCCGGGAGUGGGAAACCCCGUCCGUUGUGAAUACGUUCUUCCCGAUGGUGUCAAGCAUAAGAGGGGCUUCGUCAAGGACCCAGAAGCAGCGUCAGCUUUCUUGAAGCGGCGACGGCUCGACCCAGCCGCGGACGAAGCCGAGCCAAGAGAACCUCAAGCCGACUCUGCGGUCCAGUCAGGAAAGCCAGACGCUAGCAACCGGGAAGAAGGGUCUGCCGAGCGGAAUCCGCGGGGCGUUGGGCCGGCACACGAUUCCGCUGACGGAAAGCCGGACGAAGCGGCUGACGGAAAGAAGGGGCGGAACGUCGUGGAUCAAGUUCUGGCGCUGACGAACGAGCGCUUCCUGGUGCCAGAAAUGCUGUUCCAUCCGGCGGAUCUUGGUGUCAAUCAGGCGGGUCUCGCAGACUGCAUCGUGGAAUCCAUUAGCGCCACCCAAAAGGACCUCCAACCCCUUCUCUACUCCAACAUUCUUUUAACGGGGGGUAGCACGCUCUUUCCGGGUUUCCGGGAGCGACUCGAACUAGAGCUGCGGCCGCUCGUUCCCGACGAGUUCGACGUGCGAAUAUUCACACCGCAAAGGCCUAGCUUGAGUGCGUGGUUGGGGGGGUCGGAAUUUGCGGCAAGCGACGAGUUUUCGGCAUCCGCCAUCACGAAGUCGGAGUACGAAGAGCUGGGGUCGUAUCGAUGUCGAAGGAAGGCCUUGCACCUUUGCUAGGCUUACACUGGAUUCUUAGCACACGGCGCCCUUCGUCAAAUGCAUAUUGGAGCUAAACUUGUACAUCAUACAUCCGACAAAGUCCUUGAAGAUGGAGGAUUGUGUUGUCCUCUCAACGCGUUUGUUUCGAACAAGGAGGAGGAUGCUUGUGGUAAAGCUGCAAAUCAUCGUGUUUCAUAUGAGCCAUAUUGCGGUAUCGACUUGCACAAAGACCAAUCUCGGACUAGCUUGGGCAUCUAUCUCGCG